GUUCUAGAAGUCUCCUCUUAUCGUCUCAUCAAAAUAAAAACUCCUCUCUCUCAGUCUGAAAGCUAAACUAGGGUUUCUCUAUCUUCUCGACUCUCCUCCUCAAUUCUCCCACCAAACUCCUAGGUAACGUAACAACUUCUUCUUUCAGGAAGGCAUACUAAUGGCGGCUUCUCAGCUCACUGCAUCUUCAGUCUCGGUGUCGGCCAGGAACCUGGUUUCAUUUGAAGGACUAAAACCCUCCGCCGUGAAGUUUGCAUCUUUCGGGGUAUUGAAGCCCGGUGGCCUGUCCCAACGCUCAUUCCAGGGAUUGGUCGUCCAAGCAGCCACCGUCGUUGCCCCUAAGUACACUUCGAUUAAGCCACUGGGUGAUAGAGUGCUGGUGAAGAUAAAGACUGUGGAGGAGAAAACUGGUGGUGGUAUUUUGCUCCCAUCUUCGGCACAGUCAAAGCCUCAAGGAGGUGAGGUUGUUGCUGUUGGAGAGGGCAAGUCAAUUGGUAGCAAAACCUUGGACAUUAUUGUUAAGACUGGUGCUAAGGUUGUUUAUUCCAAGUAUGCUGGCACUGAGGUUGAAUUCAAUGGUGAAAGCCAUCUGAUUCUGAAGGAAGAUGACAUUGUCGGUAUUCUUGAGACAGAAGACAUUAAGGACCUCAAGCCCCUCAAUGACAGAGUUUUCAUUAAGGUGCGGUUCUUCGCAUUUGUGCUUGAUUAACCCUCGCACUGUGGUUGUAUUGUUUCCAUAUUUAUAUUGACUGUAUGUUCCAGAAGCAAUGACAAAUCGAGAUACAAACCCUUUCUGUACUGACGUCUUCAAGAAUGAAGGCGCAGUUUGUAAUUUUAUCUCAUGUCCUGUUGCAGGUUGCUGAGGCCGAGGAGAAGACUGCUGGAGGUUUGUUGCUCACAGAGGCAUCCAAGGAGAAGCCUUCCAUUGGCUCGGUGAUAGCAGUUGGACCUGGACCUGUAGACGAGGAAGGUAACACGAAGCCUCUGUCAAUCUCCCCUGGAAACACGGUGUUGUACUCCAAGUAUGCAGGGAACGACUUCAAGGGCAGUGAUGGUUCCAACUACAUUGCCCUUAGAGCUUCAGAUGUGAUGGCUGUCCUGUCGUAGUUUGGGUUGUUUCUUUAUCCGGAAUAGAUAGAUUGAUGGAUGUGCCUCCUGAAUUUUGUGGGUUGAGGAAUGGCAUACACCGUUUUGUAGCCUUAAAAAUGUAACCGGAUUGUUCUGUUAUGAUAAGAAAUGCUAAGCUAUGAAUAAUAAAGCCAUCCUCGGAGUUCCCACGUUUUGUGACAAGAUCAUAUGUUUGUUGCCGGCUUAUAAUUAA